AUGAAAUCCAUAGAUUUGUUCUGCGCCUCGCCGGCUUCGACAGCCAUAUGCUCCAGCAUGGACCACCGAGCCGUAGCCGGGCCUGUUGACCGCCAAGAGGCACGAGCCAAAAACCGGACUAAUGCUGCCCCAUGUUCGUCUUCAGACAGACCUUCCCUUGAUAAGCCCAGAAAGAGUUUCAGUCAUAAAUCAGCCAAACAACUCUUAAGACGUAAAAGCUCGGCCGACGUGGAAGAUCUUGUCAGGCUUCGAGCAUCCUCGAGAUACUUGUUGAGCGACGACCAGUCUUUCUUGGAUUCCACACAGGCCCUACUUCCCAUGAUGGGAAACAAUUACAAGCCAUUCAACAGUGAUGGUUUUCGUGGUCUCAGGUCGGAGUAUCCCGCCUUUAAAAUUUCUCCCGCCGGAGGCCUUGCCGGAAAAAUGUGUGAUCAUGUUAAGGAUCAUGAUCUACACAAAAAUCCUUCAAAUACUCAGGUGGUUGAGCUGAGGGUAUCAAUUCAUUGCAAGGGUUGUGAAGGCAAACUCAGAAAAUAUAUAUCAAGAAUGGAAGGAGUGACCUCAUUCAGUAUAGAUUUGGCAACCAAAAAAGUGACCGUAACCGGUGACGUGAAUCCAUUAGGUGUACUGAAGAGCAUAUCGAAGGUUAAGAAUGCCCAGUUUUGGGCAUCCUCGGCUUCAUCAUCUUCUUCUUCUUCCACAUCCUCUCCAAGAGUCGGCCUAACAAGAUAG